CAGAAUCUUCAUAGGGAUGGAGGAAAUGGAUAGCCUCACUUUUCACCUAUAUAUACAAAACAACCAAAUUCCCAUUUGUUCAUCCCAUCUUCACUUACCUCAUUGGGAGGAAGGCAUGGCCACUGCAUUUAUGAGAGGGGCUCAGACGAUGAACUCCAUGUUCUUCAAGCCGAUCGGGCGGAAGGGCUUCCACAGAAAAAGCUCUUCACCAGAUAUGAUGAGGGAGAGAGUUGAAACAGAAAGCAAGGAACUGAAGAGCAACAAGAGCCCUGUGAGGGGUGAGGAAACUCCAUGGGUGCUUGAUGGGCGAACUGGAAUUUAUUAUCCUAAAGGCCACGAGAAUGUCCUGGAGAGCAUUCCCAAUGGCGGUGGAGCUGCAGUUAACACCCAGGUCAAUUGGUUUAAUGACGAAAACAGUUAAAAGGGUGUUUAACAAAGGCCUGUUGCUCCAUCCAGAUAACCUUAUUGCUUUUGAAUUCACAAAAAGCAAAUAGAGCCAGGCCCCUUUGUUGUUAAACAGAUUAAAUCAUCAGUAUCCAUUUAAAA